AUGGGGAGAGGGCGUGUCUUGCGGCGGGCCAGCUCUAGCGAGCCGGUCUGGCCCGGCAGGGCCGCGCAACCGCAACAAGCCCAGGAGGCGUCCGUGCGCCAGACGAGGGCCGCAGCGGCGAGGAAGGUGGUGAAGGUUGCAGUGGCGAAGAAGAAGGCGACUGCUUCUUCUUCGUCCAAGCGUCCUUCCUCGGUGGACCCAGAGGACAUCGACACUGUCAUCGAGGAGGUCGCCAGGGAAGCCAAGGCCGAGGCUGACAAGAUCACCGCCGAGGAGACCGCCAAGGCCGCUGCUGAGGAUGCCACCAAGGGGCCUGCUGGGGAGGCUGGCAAGGUUGCCGCCGAGGAGGGGAUGGUCGACAACCAUCCUUCCUCCUCUGCUGCCUUCGGCUCGGGUAGGUAUCUGAAGGUGAGCGGAGACCUGUUCGUCCACCUCCCCAGGACGGCGAGCACCAGGGCACCCACCGAGAGGGAGGUGUUUGAGGAUGAGGUGCUUGCCGUCGCCGGGCUUGAGGCAAAGUCCAGGAUGGUGGUGGUGGAUAAGGCGGAGGUGGAUCUCGAGGGGCGCGUCGCCGAGGCGCAGGCUUGGUUUCGCCAGGCCCAUGAGGAGCUGAAGGUUGCCCAGGACCUGCUGGCCGAGCGCAAGCUGGAGCUCGUCAUGAAGCAGGCCGACAUCGAGAAGGCCGAGGCGGAGGCGAGGGAACAGGCCGCCAAGGACGAGCUAGAGGGUCUCGAGAGGACGCUCUCGGAGGCCAGGGCCCGGGAGGAGACCCGGGCCAAGAAUCUGGAGAAGGAGAGGCAGCUGCGGAAGAACGACGCCGCCAACCACGCGGAUUUUGUGAAGGGCGAAAACCUCUAG